UCUACCAAAAAUGAUAUAAAUACGACAACAAUAAAAAUAGCAAUAUCAAUAACAAUAAUUGCCAAAUUUGAUAAGCACGCGCAUUCCGCUACUGAUAUGCCACAAAAUCGGCCACAAAUCAGGCCCAACAUGAACGCUGACCAUUUGCGCAAAUUUCUUAAAAUUUGGUUUAGUUCUUUGGCGGUAACGGUUCGUGGCGGAUGUGAAACCUACUAAAGAAUUCGCUUUUUCGUAUUUAAAUAAUUAAAAUAUAAAAUUUGGUAUAUGUAAAUAUGUGUGUUCUUAAUAUUUAAUGCAACAAACCAGAAAUGAAGACAGACUAAUAAGCCUGCAGUCCUUAGGAGCACCGGCCUUCGGGAUGAGCGUAACUCUGACGACGAGAAACUAUUUGGACUGUGUAACGCUUCCAAACCACAAAAAAAAUGGACAAACUCGUAAAAAUCAAAAAACAAUAGCAAAAAUGUGGAUUUCUGUAUGAAACAAGAAUUGCAAAAUACAAUCACAAAAAAAUUAAAACUUACAACGUUAAUAAAUCAAGCUAUAAAAGCGUUAAAAAAUCGAGCCAAAGACUAUAGUUUACUUAUCGGUCAAUAACUUGGCAAAAGCAAUAGAAAACUCAAUGCGUAAUAAACCUAAAACACUUUGGCCAAAAGCUAUCAAAGUGUUAAAACCAAAUAGCCUCUUUAUGCGUAUACCGCACAUGCCAUUUUUGUUCUCGGCUUAGUAAAAUACGCCAAAUUUAAUACACAUACACUGCAGUGCGAAAGGGAGGAAGAGGAGGCACCCACAUUUAUUAGGCGCUAAAAAUGAAUUUCGGACUGAAACUGGCGUUGUUAAUACUUGUAAUCCACUUCAAAUUACACGGACUACACGCGGCGACACUCAUCGAUCGCUUUAAAACGGCUAUCAAUGAUAUCAACAACAACAACAGCGAUAACAUAAACAGUAGUGCAUACAAAAGAAAUUAUGUAGCGUUCGAUAGCAGCUUUAAUGAAGUGUAUAAUAAUAGCAACAAAAAAAUAAUUGAUAACAUUAGUUCAACGUCAGCUGUAAAAACUAUAACAAAUACGACCACAAAUAAAAAUAAAACACAUGAUUGGCAAAUAAACAAUAAACAUUUGCUGCCAUUUCUCACAAACAGUAGCCGAAAUGAUAAUGAUUUUGUUGGUGGCACAGCUGAUAAUGCCAGUUCGUUAAUCAAUCAGACUGAACCGCUUUAUGAUAGUGAUGGGAAAGUUAUCAAUGGCAACAGCAGUGCAAACAACUUUCUCAGCAUUGAUAAAAUUUUAAGCGACGAUAGCGAUACAAAAAAUAUCAGCCAUAGCAGCCAUAACAGCCAUAACAACAACAGCAGCAGUAAAGACAUUGAGGGCUCUAACAUCAACGAUAAGCUCAAUACGUUAUGGCAAUUUAUUUCUACCGAUCAACAGCUGAGUAAGCAGUCAACGAAUGUUACCAAAUCUCUAGAAUCAUCUCAGUUUAAAAGUGAGGAGGCUCCGGCAUACUACCAAUACAAUUUCACCCAAAAUGGCGGGAACCAAGAUGCUGCUGCGGGUAAACCUCCGAAUAAUGUCACAAAGGGUGUCAAAGAAAGUCAACAAACGAACUCGAGCGAGCAGAUAAUUCCACUUGAUUCCGAAGAGCAGCAUACUGGCAAAGUAAUUGAACCCAAAACUGCAGUGGAUGACUCAGUGCCGCUGGAGCAAAUUGAAUGGGAGCUACAAAGUUUACGCGGUAAUUGGAACGAUCUUAUUAAUUCCUAUGAAGUAAAUAAAAUUAUGCAGAAAUAUAGAAGCGAGUUGAAUAAUUCUUGCAUAAUGGAUAGCAUAAAGAGUUCAAUUAUGUGGUGGGUCUACAGCAAUGGUACUCUGAACCAUGAAUCGUGCAAUAAUAAAAAUGGUGAAAUCUUUCCAGCGGUCAAAAUCUACUUGGAUUUCUCUUACAAGCACAUUGACGAUGACGAUACGCUCUACAACAAAACUUUGGAAAAUGAAACCCGUAUGGGCCACAGUGUUGUUAUUUUCUCAGCAGCACACAAUAAUCUAACACAAGUACCUUUUCGAACACUAACAACCAUGAAUACAACUUUGAAGUACUUGACGUUGAAAGGUAACUCUUUCUCGUCUUACAACGAGGAGGAACAAAACGAAGCCAUCAAACUUCUAAGUCAAACACUGCUACACAAUAACAACACGUCAAAUGACACUACACAAGUAUUUGCUGGUAGCGAGACGAAUAUAACUGGGCAAAGAACUCUAACAUAUCAGGAUUUUAUAAAACGAAAAGAGUUAGAGAUGCUUAAUAGAAAGGACGAAGGUAUUUCGUGGGCUACCUUUCCGCAGAUCCCUUACUUGCUUGAAUUGGACAUCGGCAACUGCAACAUACAGUUGAUUGCAGGUGAAGUAUUCCAGAACAUCACCGGGCUCCGCAAGCUUUUCAUGCCGCACAAUAAAAUGCUCGACAUUCCAUCUGACACCUUUCAACUGCUACCCCAUCUGGAGUAUCUUGAUUUAUCCUUCACUAAUUUAUUGGAAAUCGACUAUAGGACAACACAUCCCACACUCAAUGCUGUGUGGCAUCUCGUUUAUGGUGUUAAAAUACAUAAAGACACUUUCAAGAAUCUAAAUAAUCUCGCGUAUCUCGAUUUGUCGCAUACGAAGGUAACACGCAACAGCGCCAUGGCAUUUACGUAUCUCGGCCAGAGUCUGAAAUUCAUGAGUUUAUGUUAUACAUCCUUUCCCAUGGUUGGCAAUGCGUUUUUCAAAAAUACCGGUCUUGUGGGUCUUGACCUAUCCGGUAAUCCCUAUGCGGCGUUCAAUUUCAUCGAUGAUGCCUUUGAAGGUAUUGCGGAUAGCUUGGAAUAUUUAUUCUUUGAGCAAUCAAAUUUAAAAGACUUGGAUUGGUUGAGGCCCAUGGAAAAGUUGUGUAUUCUUGAUUUGGCCGGCAAUAACAUCAAUUCGUUAUCAGCCGAUGAUUUUGCAGCGCUGGAAAAUUUGCAUGCGCUCGAUCUGAGCUCAAAUAACAUUGGCAACUGGUACAAUCAGGUAUUUGCUAACAACACCGAUCUCCGUUUGCUAAAUCUACACAACAACAAUAUCAACCAGAUCAAUUAUGAAAUGUUUAAGGACUUCAAGCACCUUGACUACCUCAGCCUAGGCGAAAAUAAUUUCUUAUGCGAUUGCCUGCUGCAUGAUUUAGUAGCAGUUGCUGAGAUCAACAACAAGAAGGCUGAAUGUGCGCGCGCUUUACUUAAGGAAAAAGAAAAAUUUCCAAUUAACGACACGCAAUUUGGAUCAAUGAUACCAUCAAUCCUAAUGCAGCAAUAUACCAAGAAUUUAGAAAAAAGCUCUGCAAAUAUACGCAAAUACAAAAUGGGUCGACGUACAACGCCAAGUGUGCGCGCUCUAGGGCGUAAGACUUAUUCAAUCCUCCGCUCAAAUGCUCAAGAAAUGGACGAAUGCGACAUGAUAUGGUCAAAUUCUUACGGGAGUGGGCAAAUAAAUGACUCAAUGUUUGAAUUCCAAUUAAUUGACUAUGCAGAGGAUCAAUAUUGGUGCUUUAAUGGCACCACUCGUACGCAAUUAAUGCAACUCAAUUGUCAGUCUGCGCUAAUUGGCGGCAUAGCAGGCGAUAUAAAUAAAUUAACACAAAUUCUUAUUGGUAUCAUUUGUACGCUGUUGGGCGUAACCUUGCUGAUCGUGAUUGUAUAUCUUAAGCGCUGGCACAUAUACUACUACUAUUCAUCGUUGAAAUCGGCAGCGCUGUUAUCUGUGGCUACCAAGAAACAGGUAAAACAAUUUAACGAAUUGGCCGAAAGCGACCCCAACAUGGUAUAUGACAUUUUCAUUAGUUACUGUGAGAGCGAUCGCGAUUGGGUGCUGGAAGAAUUGCUACCGAACGUAGAGGAGGCGGGUAAUAUAUCGAUAUGUUUGCACGAACGUGAUUUUCAGAUCGGAGUCGCCAUACUCGAAAACAUCAUAUCCUGUAUGGAUCGCUCGCGUGCUCUAAUGCUAAUUAUAUCCUCAAAUUUUUUGCUCAGUCACUGGUGUCAAUUCGAAAUGCAUUUAGCACAACAUCGCAUUUUCGAGGUGAGCAAAGAACAUCUAAUAAUCGUCUUUCUCGAGGAUAUACCACGAGCCAAGCGUCCGAAGACACUACAAUACCUUAUGGAAGUGAAAACAUAUGUUAAAUGGCCCGGCGCCAAGGGUCAUGAAAUCAGUCCGGAACAGCGUAAAUAUUUUUGGAAACGUUUGAGGCACUCAUUGGAACCCAUUGGUACUUCCCAUGCAGAGUCGCUUAAAUAACUGGGAAUUGGAUUACAAAGCUGCUGAAACUGCCUGUUUAUUAAUAAAAUCAAUAAUAAAAAAUUUACUAAAAAAAGUUAAAUAAACUAGGGUUAGAAAACGGCUCAAUUAAUAAAAAGAUUAUCAUUGCAAAGCUAAACACUUGUACCUGAUAGCAGUUAUUUUUAU